UGACACUCAAGGCAAAGAAAAAUGACUACGCCUAGUUCUCGUCGUUCUUUAUAUUCUUUGCUCUUUAUUUCUUCCAUUCUAUUUACUUCAUUUUCCCUUAUCUCUCAGGCACAAGCCAAGCCCCUAUUAGUGAAUGGACUAUCAUAUUCUUUCUAUUCCAAAACCUGUCCCAAUCUUGAAACCAUUGUGAGAAACCAUCUCAAGAAGGUGUUCACGCGAGCUAAUUGGCAAGCUCCAGCCUUACUCGUCAUUUUCUUCCAUGAUUGUUUUGUUCAGGGAUGUGAUGGGUCGUUGCUGCUGGAUGGGAAUCCAGGUGAAAGGGAUAAUCCACUGAACCGUGGAAUAAGCCAUAAAGCAGUGCAAACCAUUGAUGAUAUAAGGGAAGUUGUCCAAAAGGAGUGUGGAAGGGUCGUUUCUUGCGCAGAUAUCACUGUCUUGGCUGCUCGUGAUGCUGUUUUCCUAUCCGGAGGGCCCGAUUAUGGUGUGCCACUAGGAAGACGAGAUAGUCUAAACUUUAGCUUUGAAGAAGCAAGCAAUCUUCCAUUACCCUACAACAUCUCUAAUGUGAUACUUGAGACAUUUGCUUCCAAAAACUUUGAUGUCAUAGAUGUGGUUGCUUUAUCAGGUGCACACACUAUUGGUCGUGCACAUUGUCACACAUUCUACAAUAGACUUUCUCCUCUAGACCCAAACAUGGACAAAACCUUAGCCAAAAUCCUCAACUCAACUUGCCCAAGUACAUACUCACGUAACACUUUUCAUUUGGACAUUAGAACCCCUAAAGUGUUUGAUAACAAAUACUACAUUAACUUAAUGAACCACCAAGGUUUGUCCACCUCUGACCAAGACUUGUUCUUAGAUAAGAGGACAAAGGGACUCGUAGAGGCUUUUGCACUCAAUCAAACCUUAUUCUUUGAGAAAUUUGGGGAUGGGUUUAUAAGGAUGAGCCAAUUGGAUGUGUUGACGGGAAAUCAAGGUGAAAUUCGUGCAAAAUGCAAUGUGAUAAAUGAUAAGAAAUCUAUAGAGAUGUCUAUUUUGGAUGAGACUGUACAGAUACCCAUCAAUUAGUUUUAUGUUUUGCCACGGUUUGUACUUGUGUAGUUCUUUUGUGUGUUGUUUGUUGCUAGUUCAUAAAUGUUUCUUAUAAUUUGAUUUUGGGCAUUUUUAGUGUUUCUUAUUUAAUUGUGUAUGGGUCGUGCAUGUAAUAAGAACUUGUACUUUGAGUUUGCAAGGCAAGUAAAUGUUGUUUGAUUUUUCUC